AAUAAAUCCCUCCAGUCCAACAUUCGCUAUAUUCUUCUGGGAAAACAAUGUGGUCCUGAACUUGAAGCUGCUGAGAAAUAUCCAAGAGCCCCUGCCGCACACCUGCAAUGGAGCCAAAACUGGACGCGACGGUUUGCCUUAGUUUUGUUAUCGAAUAGUUGCAUUUUUAUUCACACACGCUCUGGUCUUUAUUUUGACGUUUGAGAUUCAUUUGAAAUUCCUUCUAAGUCAAUUCUUUACUCGUUUAUUAAUUCAUUUAUUUUUUGUGGGCAAAACUUGCGUGUUUUUGCAAUAAUUACAUAUGAUGGAUCAAAAUACGCCAAAACAAAAGAACACUCCAACCCUCUUCAUCCCGCCUCAGAUUGCUCGACCACACAAACGCAAAACCGGUUUAAAUGGAAAGCAUCGCGCAUCUUCAGACCAGCCAUAUAACUUUUCCACGACGAUCGAGGAGGACACGGCCGUCUUGAAAAAGCCCCGACGAAGCACUCCAUCGACAGGCCCACGGGAAAAGAGCGCUGCUUCAUCAUCAGAACAACUGGACGAGACGUACCUAGAACAGCUUGUCUGUGGCCUGGAACUCCAUUUUACCGACUGGGUACUUGAUCAUGUCGAAAGUCGAGAAUGGUUGACUCGCCGCCAGAGACAGAUCAACGGAGAGGACGGAUACAUACAUUUAUCUGCAUUUCUAGAAUCCAACAUUUUUGCACGAAUGAAACCGACAGUGACUCAAAUGGCUCUGCGGAGAUCCUUGAUGAAGCUAUCAAGUGAAGGCUAUCUUGAGCUGAGUCCAGAUACAUAUCAUGUGCGGCGUCGACCAUCGACCAGCCCCGCAAGACCUAAUGCCGAGGCCAUGCACUCAGGGUUUUGGGAUCAAAAGACUGUCUAUGUGGAACCGCACGUCUCCAGCAUUUCCUUGUCACCUGCGAAGCUAGCGCAUCAUCUCACAGCCGCUUCGAAUCUUCCCUCCAAUAUCUUGCCCAUCCAACACGUUGACAAUCCGCAUCGGCAUCCAUCGUACGCUUUCAUCAUGCUUUCUGACGAUGUUGACGAGUCAAUUGCAUCGGACUCGCGACACUGGCCCCAAGAUUGGAUUGUAAUGACGAAAAAAGAUUGGCGUCGCAGGACAGAGGAAUUGUCGUUCCAACACAAUAGUCCACCAACUACUAGCUUGAGCGUGUGGAAAAUGCCUGAUGAUCAAAUCAUCCAAGGCUAAGCGUAUUAUUCCAGCCAGAAUGAAGAUACUCACUAUAGAUAUUGUAAAUAACCCAUUAAGCCUGUGUCAAAAACAUGGAUUCAAGUCUCCAUACACGAGCUACGUCAGGUCAUCAAUUCACAGAGUAG